AUGUCUGCAAAAGAAGCCGAAGAGAAAACGAAGGUCACAACUACAGAAAAAGAUGAUGAUAUUCCAAAACUUCAGUCAACAACUAUGGUGAAAACCAACGACGAAAAUAAAGAUGAGAAGAAGAAAGAAGGCGAACAUACUAUUGAAGAAAUCGAUCAGGAACUUAAUAAGCUACGUCCAAAAUCACCCUCACCUAAUACAAAACGCAGAAUUAACGAGGAAGAAAAAGAGAAAGAUCGCGAAGUACAAGAACACAAAAAACACGAAACAACUCCAGCUGUCACAGAAAUUCAGAAGAGUGAGACUAAAGAUGUAAGCCAUCGUGGUGACAAUGAACUAAUACCUAAUCAACCCGAUCCUACAAUCAAUGAUGAUGUUAAAAUACCGGUUUUGAACGAACGUGGUGAUGUCGAACUUAAACCACAGCAGGGCAGUGCAUUGAAUAAACAUGAGAACCCUACUGCACCACCAUCGAAUAAUACACAAUCUUCUACCGAUAAUAAAGAACCAAAACAAUAA